AUGCAAGAGGAGUUUAGCCUGAGACAGGCUAAACUGCACACGAACGUGCCACGCCCGCCUCGGCCGGCGGCUAAGACGGAAGGUCCUGAUCCAAUGGAUCUUUCGUAUGCACCUGCUGUCGGACAGCAGGAGAACAAGGAAAGCAACGUGCGAUGCUUCCGGUGCGGAAAUAUGGGUCACUACGCACGCGCGGGGCACCCUACCGGUAAUGCAGUCACGCGUGUCUACAACGGAUACGCGGUAUUGAGGACUGCAGCCCCCAGUGAGAGGGAAACUCACUGCAAAGUGCAAGAUGACAUGCCAAAUCUUGUCAUCUUGAACUACUUCGACGAUGUGUACGUUCCCAUCCGUGCUGCGAACGAGACGACGGACGUCAAGAUGCACAAGGAGCAUCUCCGGGAAUUGCUUGGGCUCAUGCGCAAGCUCAAGCUCUAUGCGAACCUGAAGAAGUGCAUCGUCGGUGCGAGCAAGAUACCCGUGCUAGGGUGUCUCGUUGGAAAGAAUGGCUUUCGUGGCCUUGCCACGUACUUGUUCAAGUACGUGGACAACUACACAGGCAAGAUUCGCCCGCUAUCGCAGCUUCUGAAGAAGGAAGCUGCGUGGGAAUGGACUGCUGAGUGUCAGCAGGCGUUCGAUGCAGUCAACCUGGGCUUGCCUGAAGCGCCGAUCUUGGCUGUGGCUGACGAAGAUCGUCCCUUUCACGUAUCUCCGCACAUCUCGCAACGAAUGGUGAGAUGGUUGUCCAUCUUCGCGGAGUACAACUUCCGGGUCGAGUACAACCCCGGAAGGUUGAAUGUCGUUGCGGAUGCGUUGUCGCGACAACCGGAUUAUGCUAUCAAGACAGUCGACGUCAACUGGAUUGACGUCGCUCGGGUAUAUGCACCGCCGUCGUCCUUGUUGGACGAGGUGAAGGCCGCGUAUGCCCAUGACACAGACGCGAAGCAGCUGAUCGAGUUUCUCUCAGCUCCUUCCGACAAAGCACACGAUAAUGCGGAACGCAUGGUCGUGCUGAACGAUCCUGACCUGCGCAGCAGGAUCAUGUACGAGUAUCACGAUGUCCCCACGGCAGGACAUCCGGGACGUGAGAAGACUUAUUCUCUUCUCACGAGAGACUUCUACUGGAAUCACCAGUACAAGUGGGUGCGUAAGUACAUGGACUUCGUGUUUGGUCUUCCGCGCGAUUUCGGGCGGAAGACUGGUAUUGCGGUCUUUGUUGACCGCUUCAGCAAGAUGGUGCAUCUCGCUGCUGUCGCAGCGGAAGUGACCUCCAUACAGACGACACGUCUGUUCGUCGACAUGUUCUCAAUGUCGACUGCGGAUCAUCCGCAGACGGACGGGCAAACCGAGUGCGUGAGCCGCGUGCUCGUGGACUUGCUGAAGAGCUACGCCCAGUCGUUCCACAACUGGAGCGACUACUUGCCGAUGGCCGAGUUUGCCAUCAACAACGCGGCGCGGAAGCAGGCACCGACUCAGAGGUCGGUGCGGACGCUGACACGGGUGCUGGAGUCGACGCUACGGUCGCUGCGGAAGCUGGCGAAGACGCUGGUGGUCGCAGAGAAGCAGCUCGCUUUCGUAUCCACAAAAAGUGAGACGACAAUCGGCAACUGGAUCCGAACGUAUGAGGCCACCGGAACUUUUGAGAGAGCGCAGACGAACGGAGUCAAGAAGUUCACAGAUGAGCAUCGCAAAUGGCUGUGUGUUUUCUACUCGACGCACCCACUAGCCUACCUAGACAUGGAGCGACGUGCAAUGUACAUUAAAGACCGAGAUUUUGUUCGUCAAUAUCCAGGUUCUCACUCCGUGUGGAUUCUUUAUGGUGCCUCCAUGCACAGACACCCGGAUUUCGUGCACAUUUUGAGGAGCAUUGGUAUCGUGCCAAUUUUUCUGCCAGCCUACUCCCUGUUUUUCAAUCCUAUCGAUUAUAUGUUUGGCAACGUGAAGAAGUUUUUCCAGCGGCACUACGACGGAAACAGCGGCCGCGAUUUAUUGCCGUUUGCGGUGCAGACAUUUCAGCGAUUUGAACAUUUCAACAUGGGUAGAGUGUUUGCGCAUUGCGGAUGGAACGUGCAAGGCCGCUUUGAUCCCAGUGGUCCAAUGUCGACGGAGAAGAGAGAAGUGCCUGAGUUUUGGGGGGAGUGUGUGGAGCCAAACAACACAGAAGAUGAAUUGGGAUUUGAUUUAAUCGGCGAUGAAUGCGGGGUAGUUAAAACGCCUGUCUACUCUUGGUGUUCGGUGUCUUCCAGGGUUUUCAUCCGUGAAAAUGGAUCGAUCACAUCAGACACAGCCAGAAGGUCUACGUCAGCCAGAAAAGCUUGA